CCGGGUCGCUUUGCCGCCGGCUCUGUCGCGUUGGGACCCGUACGGUUACCAGAAAUCUUCAGGGGGACGCCAGGGGACCCAAGAAACCCCAAAAUGGAUUCUGUGGCCUUUGAGGAUGUAAGUGUGAAAUUCACCCUGGAGGAGUGGGCUUUACUGGAUUCUUCACAGAAGAAACUCUACAGAGAUGUGAUGAGGGAAACCUUCAGGAACUUGGCCUCCAUAGGAGAAAUAUGCAAAGACCAUGACAUUGAAAGUCAAUAUGAAAAUCAUGGGACAAAUUUAAGGCAUAUGAGAUCUCACACUACACCCAAACCAUAUGAGUAUCAGGAAUAUGAAGAAAAGCCAUAUAAAUGUAAGGAAUGUGGGAAAGCUUUCAAGUAUCGUCAGUCCUUUCAAAGGCAUGAAAAGAUUCACACUGGAGUGAAGCCUUAUAUAUGUAAGCACUGUGGUAAAGCUUUCAGUUUUCUCAGUUAUUGUCGAACUCAUGAACUAUCUCACACAGGAGAGAAACCGUAUAAAUGUAAGCAAUGUGGUAAAGCUUUCAUUUGUCCCAGUUACUUCAGAAAACAUGAAAGAACACAUACGGGAGACAAACCAUAUAAAUGUAAGCAGUGUGGUAAAGCCUUCAGCUGCUUUACAUCCUUUCAAAGCCAUGAAAGGAGACACAGUGGAGAAAAGCCCUAUGAAUGUAAAAAAUGUGGCAAAGCCUUCACUUGUCCAAGUUACUUACGAAAACAUAAAAGAAUUCAUACUGGAGAGAAACCCUAUGAAUGUAAGCAGUGUGGUAAAGCCUUCAGUUGUCCCAGAUCCUUUCGAAGUCAUGAAAGGAGACACAGUGGAGAAAAGCCCUAUGAAUGUAAAAUAUGUGGCAAAUCCUUCAGUUGUCCAAGUUAUUUUCGAAAACAUAAACAAAGUCAUACUGGAGAAAAACUCUAUGAAUGUAAGGAAUGUGGGAAGUCCUUCAGUUGUCCAAGUUACUUUCGAAAACAUGAAAGAAAUCAUACUGCAGAGAAACCCUAUGAGUGUAAGGAAUGUGGGAAAGCUUUGAGUUCUCUUACCAACUUUCAAAGACACAUGAUGAAGCACACCGGAGAUGGGCCUUACAAAUGUAAGGAGUGUGGGAAGGUUUUUGAUUGUCCAAAUUACUUUCAAUAUCAUGAAAGCACACAUAGUGGAGAAAAGCCAUAUGAAUGUAAGGAAUGUGGUAAAUCCUUCAGUACUCCCAGAUCCCUUCAAAAUCAUGUAAGAACUCAUACCAGAAAAAAACCCCAUGAGUGUAAGGAAUGCGGUAAAGCCUUCAGUUUUCCCUGUUUCCUUCAAAAACAUGAAAGAAGUCAUACUGGGGAGAAACCCUAUGAAUGUAAGCAAUGUGGGAAGGCCUUCACUUGUCGCAGUUCCAUUAAAAAACAUGAAAGAACUCAUAGUGGAGAGAAGCCCUAUGAAUGUAAGGAAUGUGGGAAAGCCUUCAUUUCCCUUUCCAAUGUUCGAAGACAUAUGAUAAAGCACACUGGAGAUGGGCCUUGUAAAUGUGAGGAAUGUGGGAAAGCCUUUGAUUGUCCUAGUUCAUUACGAACACAUGAAAGAACUCACACUGGAGAGAAACCCUAUCAGUGUAAAAAGUGUGGUAAAGCCUUCAGUCGUGCCAGUUCUUUACGAAGUCAUGAAAGAGCUCAUAACUAAGAAAAAGUCUGAAUAUAAGGAAUGUGUGAGAACCUUUUGUGGACACAUAAGAAUGCACACUGGAGAGAUACCCUAUGUGGCAAGCCUUUAGCUAUCUCAUUUCCUUGGGAAGCCACACCCAAAAACAGACAAACAAAAACCUCACAGUGGAAAAAGUUCUAAAAGUAAACAAUAUAGGAAAACCUUCACUUGUCUCAAAUCCCUACAAAACCAUGUGAGAAUGAAUACUGAGUGGAAACUGU